CACUUGCUGGACACAAAAUAAUUUUUGUGCAUCUCCUGCAACCAACACCGUGCGCUCCCACGGCUUUAAAAGCUGCCCCCGCAUCAUCCCAUAGCCCCGGCCUCGCGAGCGACCGUCGAUGAUGCUGCGCAAGCUCGUCGUAGCAUUGGCCCUCAGCCUCUCCCAUGCGGACAACCUGAGAGCAACGCGCAGCCGAGGCCGCACGCUCCAGGAGGUGAAUUUGGUCCCCGAGGACGAGGCGGCCGACUUAAAAAAGCAGGAGGAGGCGCAGCGCGAGAAGGCCAUGGCUGAAGCUGCCGCCGCUAUGGAAAAAGCCAAGGCCAUGCUCGCCGAGGCCGAGAAGGCCAAGGCCGCCGCCGCGGCGGCACCGGCGGCGCCGGCGGCCACGGCCGCGGCGCCGGCGGCCACAGCGGCCGCGCCGGCCGCAGCCGCGGCGCCGGCCGCCGCGACGGUCGAGCCCGUCUCUGAGACCGCAGCGUCCGACGGAUCGACCAAGGAGGAGCGAAAGGCCGCACGGGCCGCGAAGAAAGCCGAGGCAGCGGCGGCGGCGACCGUCGAGCCCGUCGAGGAGGAUAAGACGCCGGCCAUGUCGGCGACCGAGGCCGCCGCGUCGCCGGCGCCGGCGGCGCCGGCGGCCGCCGCGACGACCCCGGAGGACCUCGCCAGGAUCGCCAAGGAGGCCGAGGGCAUCGUCACGGAGUUGAGGGCCGCCCUCGAGACGGAGAGCGGGCUCCUGAAGUCGCUCAACGAGAAGCUCGCGGCGCUGCACGCGUAGUAACUUUUUGCAUAUU